AUGUCGACGUUAACGGUAGGAAAGACAACCCCUUCAGCAAAAGCCGCUCGUCAAUCGGUGGAGCAAGUAGCCAGUGACUUUAAUACGGAUCCAAACCGAGGCAUCUUUUCUUCAGAUGUACUUGGUUUACGUGCAUUGUACGGUGCUAACGAACUAGAAGCCGAUGACGAUGAAUCCCUUUUCAGUAAAUUCAUUGGCUCAUUUAAAGAUCCACUCAUCUUGUUACUUCUCGGCUCAGCCGUUAUAUCUGUCAUUAUGGGCCAAAUUGACGACGCCAUUAGUAUCACCGUCGCCAUCAUCAUUGUAGUAACAGUUGCAUUUGUACAAGAAUAUCGAUCGGAAAAGUCCCUGGAGGCUUUGAAUAAAUUAGUCCCCCAUCACUGUCAUUUAGUCAGAGAUGGACAACUUUGCGACGUUCUGGCCAAUGACUUGGUACCUGGCGAUGUCGUUCAUUUCGGAUUUGGUGAUCGUAUUCCAGCGGAUUGUAGAUUAACAAGUUGUGUCGGCUUAGAAAUUGACGAGUCCAACCUGACAGGCGAAAACCGACCUCGUCGCAAAAUGUGUGAAGCCAUUUCAACGGCUUCGUUUGGAGAAUUAGAAUUAAGCGAGCGAGAGAAUAUUGCAUUUAUGGGUACUUUGGUACGUCAGGGACGUGGUGAAGGUAUUGUGGUUGCCACGGGUAAAAGCACAGAAUUUGGUCACGUCUUUGCAUUGAUGCAAGAGGUGGAGGUCCGAAAAACCCCUCUUCAAAUCAGUAUGAACGAUUUAGGUAAACAACUCAGUAUGUUCUCCUUUGCGGUAAUUGGUGUGAUUGUCUUGAUUGGUGUCAUCCAAAAGAGAAGUUGGUUAGAUAUGUUUACGAUCGGUGUCAGUUUGGCUGUCGCUGCUAUUCCUGAAGGUCUCCCCAUUGUCGUCACAGUCACUUUGGCUUUAGGCGUACUUCGUAUGGCCAACAGAAAAGCCAUCGUUAAACAAUUGCCUUCGGUUGAAACUCUCGGUAGUGUCAACGUGGUCUGUGCGGAUAAAACGGGUACCUUGACUGUCAACCAAAUGACCGUGACAAACGUAUUCACUGUGGAAAACCAAGAAACAUUUGAUUACGAAUACAAGAUUCCUCAAAAUAUGUCGGAAGCUUUACGUCAAACACUUCGUAUCGGUAACCUGUGUAACAAUUCUCAAAUUGGUGAAGGAGGUAAAAUUUAUGGUCAGCCUACUGAAAUGGCUUUAUUGGAAGUUGUUCUUCGUAGCGGUAUGAAAGACGAGCGCAUGCAUUACGAUCGUUUGGAUGAAGUGCCUUUCAAUUCGGACGUCAAAUACAUGUCUGUCACCUGCCGUGAAAAGGACGAUGGAGAAUCCACAGGUACGAUUUAUAUCAAGGGAGCGACUGAAGUGAUUAUGGAUAAAUGCACAACCUAUUAUACCUCUAAUUAUACAAGAGUACCAUUUACCCCUGCCUUGAAGGAAAUGGUAGUGCAACACGUUUCUGCCAUGAGCUCACACGGUCUGCGUGUUCUCAGUACUGCCUUUGGAGAGAGUGAAAAUGAUUUAUGUUAUACCGGUUUCUUGGCUGUUCAUGACCCACCCCGUCCGGGUGUAGGUGAUGCCAUUAAGAAAUUGGUCCAGGGUGGUGUCAAGGUGGUGAUGAUUACAGGCGAUGCUGAAGCUACUGCUAUGUCCAUUGCCCGUCGCUUAGGUAUCCCUACCAACAGUAACGGAAGCUGUUUAACAGGUUAUGAUAUUGAACACAUGUCAGAACGACAAUUACAAGAAAUGAUUCAUACGGUAUCUGUGUUUGCUCGUACAACGCCCAAACACAAGUUGGCGAUUGUGCGUGCUUUCCAGGAAACCGGUGCUGUGGUAGCCAUGACAGGAGAUGGUGUGAAUGAUGCACCCGCUUUAAAGAUGGCAGAUAUUGGUAUUUCGAUGGGUAAAAGUGGUACGGAUGUCAGUAAAGAAGCCUCGGAUAUGAUUUUGGUAGAUGAUGAUUUUUCCACGAUUUUACAUGCGAUUGAAGAAGGUAAAGCCAUCUUUUACAACAUUCAAAACUUUUUGACUUUCCAAUUGAGUACGAGUAUUUCCGCACUUUCUUUAAUUGCCAUCUCUACUUUGUUUGGACUCAAGACGCCUUUAAACCCCAUGCAAAUUCUUUGGAUCAAUAUCAUUAUGGAUGGACCUCCUGCACAAUCAUUGGGUGUGGAACCUGUGGACCCCGAAAUCAUGAAGAAACCACCUAGAUCCCGUAACUCGAAUAUUUUGACAAGACCCUUGAUCACACGUGUAUUGACUGCUGCCUUUAUUGUGACUUUUGGUACUAUGUUUGUGUAUAUCUCUGAAAUGGCAGAUGGCGUAGUUACCAACAAGGAUGCUACUAUGACAUUUACGACGUUUGUAUUUUUUGACAUGUUUAACGCUUUAGCGUGCCGAUCCGAAAAGCAAUCGAUUUUCACGGUUGGAUUUUUUUCAAACAAGAUGUUUAAUAUGGCGGUGGGUGGAUCGAUUUUAGCGCAAAUGUUUGUGAUUUAUGUGCCCUUUUUCCAAAGUAUUUUCCAAACGGAGGCACUUUCAAUCUACGACUUGACCAAGAUUGUGUUGGUGACCAGUACCGUGUUUUGGGCUGAUGAAAUUAAAAAGAUGGUGCGUAAGAAAGGUUUAGGAAUUGGAAGAUCUGCUGGUUCUUAUCGUAUUGUACAACAAAAUUCCGAUGAUAUUGAAGAAGCUAUUGAUCUUGUGUAG